UAGGGCUAUCUUCCAUGACGACAGUCCGGAGUACAAAGUACGGAAGAGAUAGCCAUGGGCUAAUUUUCGAGUCAAAUCUCCGGAGUAAGUUGGCGGGUAAUCUAUCAACAGUAAUCAGAUGCAGAUCACGGGACCAGGCUUGGAUGACAGCCACCCGUCAAGCCACACCUGGAGAGCUCCAGCCACAGUUUGCCUGUUUGGAAGGAAAUGAGUGGAAAGUGGCACAUCAACAUGUCAACCAAACCAAUUCAGUUCAACUCAACAGUCCACAACUGACAGACGCUGGAUGCCGCUGCAGCUCUACACAUAUCUCCGAUCUUCGGCUACCAGACGCAGGUUGUCUCUCCCCGCAAGACUUGUAGACUUUCCCCUCUAAGC